UCACGGGAGAGAGAGACCAACGUCCGCAACUGCCAAACCGAGCGACUUUGGCUUGCACUUGGAGCUUCACCUUCGGCUCUAGCCUCUAACAAUGGCAACCACCAUCCUCCUCCCUCAGCCCCUCGCCGAUCUCUCCUCCUCUCCUCGCUUCCUCCCUCGCCGGAGCCCUAGCCGUCUCCUCCUCCCUCUCGCCGGCCUCGCCGCCGGCCGGUCUCGCCGAGGGCCUCGCUCGUCCAAGCCUCUCACCGCGCGAUUCGCUCUGACGGAGUCGGAUCCCCGGCAAUCGCUCGAGUCCAGCUCCGGCCCGCUCCUCCGAGACCUCGCCGAGAGCUUCGACCUUCCUUCGGAUUACUUUGCUCAGCUCCCGCGCGACCUUCGCUUGGAUCUGAAUGAUGCGGCUUUUGACCUUUCGAACGGGCCGGUUGUUGAUGAGUGUGGUGAAGAACUUGGAGAGAUAUUGUUAAAUUUGUCGAAAUCAUGGGAGCAGGCUGACACUUCGACAUCUAGGACUUUGGCAAGCAAACUCCCUCUGCUAGAGAGCUCUUUGACUGAUAAUGCUAAAUCAGCAUUGGGGAAGCGCUUAUUAUCUGCUGGAAGGAGGUUCCAGUCCAUGGGACAGUAUGGUCAAGGCGAACUUGACAAGAUUGCAAGGAUAAUGAUUGCAACUGGAAAGCGUUUGGCUGCAACCCAAGUAUCUGCUGCAACAGUUGAAGAACCUAAGAAGGAAGCCCGAACUUUUAAGUAUGGAGAACUUCAGGUAGAAGUAACAUCUGAUAAAGCCAACAUUGGGGCUGCUAUUGGUUUUGCAUUUGGAAUUCUUUCAUGGCAACUAGCUCAAGGUGUUCAAAACAUCCCAGAGAGCUCUCUGCAGUAUGCAAAUGAUAAUGCUUUGCUGCUGGCCAAGUCUCUUAGGGGUGCUCUACUUGCGAUGGGCUAUUCAUCAGCUAUCUUGUCUGCAUUUGCAUCCUUUGGUCUUCUUGUACUUGCAAGACGGCUUAAAUCUGACAUGGCGUUCAAAUGCUCCGCCUCGGACCUCGCCUCGCUCACCAACUCCACGGCCGUCAACCCCAGCGAUGCCCUCAUGGCCACCUUCCUCUGCGGCCGCCUCGACGCCAUCUCCAACCAGUUCGUCGACACUGCCCACGCGGUCGACACCACCUACCUCCUCUUCUCCGCCUACCUCGUCUUCUCCAUGCAGCUCGGCUUCGCCAUGCUCUGUGCCGGCUCUGUCCGUGCCAAGAACACCAUGAACAUCAUGCUCACCAACGUCCUCGACGCUGCCGCCGGUGGCCUCUCCUACUACCUCUUCGGCUUCGCCUUCGCCUUCGGCUCCCCCUCCAAUGGCUUCAUCGGCCGCCACUUCUUCGGCCUCAAGGAGAUCCCCUCCGACACCUUCGACUACAGCUUCUUCCUCUACCAAUGGGCCUUCGCCAUCGCCGCCGCCGGCGUCACCAGUGGGUCCAUCGCCGAGAGGACCCAGUUCGUGGCCUACCUCAUAUACUCCACCUUCUUGACGGGCUUCGUCUACCCGAUAGCCUCUCAUUGGCUAUGGUCCGUCGAUGGUUGGGCCAGCCCAUCCCGGACGGACGGCAACCUGUUAUUCGGGUCCGGCGCCAUCGACUUUGCCGGGUCGGGCGUGGUCCACUUGGUGGGGGGGAUAGCUGGUUUGUGGGGAGCCCUCAUCGAGGGCCCGCGCAUCGGCCGGUUCGACCACGCCGGGCGGGUCGUGGCCUUGCGGGGUCACAGCGCGUCCCUCGUGGUCCUCGGCUCCUUCUUGCUGUGGUUCGGGUGGUACGGGUUCAACCCGGGCUCGUUCAUCACCAUCCUGAAGGCUUACAACACCAGCGGCGGAUACUACGGCCAGUGGAGCGCGGUGGGGCGGACGGCCGUCACGACCACGCUGGCCGGCUCCACCGCCGCCCUCACCACGCUGUUCGGCAAGCGGCUGCUGGUGGGCCACUGGAACGUCAUCGACGUGUGCAACGGCCUGCUCGGCGGGUUUGCCGCCAUCACGUCGGGGUGCUCCGUGGUGGAGCCGUGGGCCGCGAUCGUGUGCGGGUUCGUGUCCGCGUGGGUGCUCAUCGGCUUCAACAAGCUGGCGGAGCUGGCCAAGUACGACGACCCGCUCGAGGCGGCCCAGCUCCACGGGGGCUGCGGCGCCUGGGGGCUGAUCUUCACUGGCCUCUUCGCGAAGCAGCGGUACGUGGACGAGGUGUACGGCGGGACGGAGCGGAAGCACGGGUGGCUCGUGGGCGGCGACGGCCGGCUGCUGGCGGCGCAGGUCGUGGAGGUCCUGGUGAUCGUGGGGUGGGUGACGGCGACGAUGGGACCGCUCUUCUACGGGCUCCACCGGCUGAGGCUGCUGAGGGUGUCCGGCGAGGACGAGAAAGAGGGCAUGGAUCUGACGAGGCACGGCGGGCUCGCCUACGUCUACCACGACGGGGACGACCAGCUGAUCGACGCCGCCGCCCCCAGCGUGAAGAGGGCGGGGCCAAAGAAUCAGAGCCCCGCCCCGAACGUCGCUGAUCAGGCCAGCACGCCAGCCGUCUGAUGAUCAUCCUUCUCGCGUGGGGAGUGGGCUCACGUGCUGCGCAGGAUUUGGACGGCUGCGAUUCGCUUCCAUAAAUAUUAGGGGUGUGCUCCAGAACACGAGGGGGGUUCGCAUGUAUUUACACCAUUUUGUCGUCAUCCCUCUCUCUCUCUCUCUCGUGUCCUUUUCUUAUCUUAGAAAGAUAAUCCUCAAAUCGAGAAGAAAUAAUAAUAUAAAAAAAUGGAUGAGCAUAAGCUAUUUAUUCGAGCUAGGUUGUAAUUUUAAUGUGUAAGAUAUAUCGAAAAUCAGUGUU